CCGAAACACCCGUCUGCGCGGCUCAACCAUAGCGUGGCGUACUUUGCAACCCGCUAUGAGGCAAUCCUGCUUGUUCCUACCAGUCCAUCUUACACCAACUCACACUACCCGUGCAUCCCGUCUACGCUUCCUUUUUUCGCCUGCUCCCUCUUUUCUCGUAGCCUCGUACUACGCUCUCGCCAGCUCGCCUUGGCUUCGCCGAAUCACAUUGGUGCCGUCGCCUACACGAGAAACGAGCGAGCGCACGUUGCGGCAAAAAAAGCAAACGGCCGGCCACUCAGCUGCAUCUCUCUGAUUCAGAUCACCACCAGGGGCGUCGCCGCGGGAACCGGGGGAAGCAGCCGCCAGUGCCACAGAUCUGCUUUCUGCUUGGGUCAAUCAUCCUACCCCCGUGGAAAAGCAGAUACGAAAACCAAG